GCGGCCCGCGGACGAACAGUAAGCAAAGCAAAGGCUCCGUGAACACCGACAGAUCACCGGCGGACGAUCACGUGCAGAACCAGCAGCUGUGCCCGUACCGUCUACGGUCACCACGUUUCGCGUCGUGCUAUUCGUUAGUGUGUUUGAAGUGGUGCGUGGGUACCGAGGGAAUAUUGAAUGAAAGUGCGUUAAAUUUGUGUUCUAUAGCGAGCAGCGAGCUGGGAAGCGAAUUGUGUACUACUCUACGCUCCAAGUGCUCCACUCGGUGGUUGUUUUAGUGUUUCUUGGUUGGUACUUGAACGGCGUAAAAGCGUCAUCGUCGGCAGGCGUUGAUACACUGCGCAAGUAGAUCUUUUAUUCCGGAGUGAGUUCUGGCCCGCGUACGAUCGCAUCGAGGGUAGCACAAGUAACAAGGUCAAGGGUUCUGGAAGGAUCGCUAGAUCCGGAGCGUGGAGCGAUGAUCGAUUAAGGCAAAGGAAAGAAGCAAUUGGUAAAACACGUACAAACAACACCCAUUUACAAAACAUUAUGUGAGUUUUGCGCUACGGUUCAUUUGGAGGUGGUGGUCCUUCGGGUAUCCUUCACGCAAACGUUCGCAAACGCUCCCAGUGAGUAUCUCCCAGUGGCGCCCAGUUGCCCCAGUAUAAAAUAUCGGAUCCUUAUCGGUCGCGUUAGUGUUUACCGAUAACCGUGUGGCGGUGUUUUCUCUCGACGCAAAAAACGACGCAAUCGAGCCGUUCCUAGCACGCUUCAAGAUGAAGCUGCAUUCGCUGUACGUGUCGCUGGUGUGCCUGUGCACUUUUGUUACGGUCGUGAUAGCGCAAAAUGUGGCUACCGAUGGGGCGACGGUACCGACCGUCAAUGUGACGCCACCGCCCCCACGGGAACCGUUGCUCAACGAAACAGAAUUGGUCGAUCUGAACCUGAUCAGCAGCAGCACGGCGUUACAAACCGUGACACAGCCCUCAACAACCACUGUGGCCGUAUCCUUCGUGCCGGUAGAGAGUACCAGUACAACGGCCACGCCGGAAGGGAUGUCCACUACGCAAGGAACAAUGUCCCCGGAGGAGAUACAGAAGUUGCUGCUGCCUCCGGCCACAGUAGAGGCCGACAUCUUGCACGUGAACGUUACGAGCGAUAAUCGGCCGAACGCUAAAUCUAGCAGCAAAGAAUCCGACUGUCCCACGCUGGAAGGAGCAGAUCACCUGUCACAGACCCAACUUCUUACGAGAUUAACCCACGUCUGUCGGUACGAUCGGUUGGAGCGUCCCAAGCGAGAAUCUGUCAACGGUACAAAUGGACCGGUAAAAGUGUACGCCCGUGCCUACAUAUACUUCAUGCAAAACUUAGAAGCUCACGAUUUGCAAUUUAAAAUUCACGCCCUGCUACAGUUCCGGUACGUCGAUCCACGAUUAGUAUUCCGGGAAGUGGCACCGAACCGAACGAAACCGAUCAUGGGCGAACAGUCGCUGCGUGAUCUGCUCUGGGUGCCGCACGUCUUCCUAGCGAACGAGCGCAGCUCCGACAUACUGGGCACGGCCGAGAAGGACAUUCUUACCUCGAUCUCACCGGACGGUACGGUGAUCGUAUCGACGCGCAUCAGUGCCACACUCUACUGCUGGAUGAAUCUGCAAAAGUUCCCGUUCGAUGAGCAACACUGCUCAACGGUUCUGGAGAGUUGGAUGUACAAUGAGGACGAUUUAGUAUUGCUUUGGGAGCAUAAGUCCCCCGUUACACUAGCACCAGAGCUGCAUCUCACCGAGUACGUGCUGCUGGAGAUGUUCACCAACGAGACAGUCAUUAAUGCGGAUUUAAGCGAUCUUCGCCAUGGAGCUUUCGCUGGAAACUACAGUUCGCUCAGCUUCACCGUCCAUCUGGCACGCGAAAUGGGCUUCUACAUGAUGGACUACUUCAUCCCAUCGAUCAUGUUGGUCGCGAUCUCGUGGGUAACGUUCUGGCUGCAGGCCGAUCAGUCAGCACCGCGCAUCACGCUCGGUACCAGCACGAUGCUGACGUUCAUUACGCUAGCCUCCGCCCAGGGCAAAACGCUCCCGAAGGUCAGCUACAUUAAGGCGUCGGAGAUCUGGUUCCUGGGCUGCACCGGUUUCAUCUUUGGCAGUUUGGUAGAGUUUGCGUUCGUCAACACAAUCUGGCGCCGAAAGCGUAACGUGGAGGUGAAGAAGGUUAACAGCAAGCAUGUCCUGAAGCAAGCGAUCACACCACGCCCGGCACGGAAGGACAUGAGCGGGCUGCACAAAUCCCAUUCCUGCACCUCGCUGGCCGAUUCGGCCACUACCGUUUCGGCUAACUCCUUCAACAACUACCUUACGGUGCAUUCCAUCCCGCAGAAAAGCCCUAGUUCUGCCACUCUGCCGAUCAUUUCCACGACGGACGCGGACCGUGCAGUAACCGACACCGUAACGAUCCAGAUCGAGGGCCAACCGAACAAUGUGAAUGGAAACGGUUGGACCACUAUGACGCCACAGGAGGUAGCCAUCUGGAUCGAUAAACGAUCCCGCUUCGUCUUCCCGAUCGCGUUUGUGAUCUUUAACAUUUUCUACUGGACGUUCGUGUAUUACGUGUGAAAAAGGACCACUGUUGGACAACGAACGAGCAGCAAGAAUGUCUUACCAGUCAUUGUGUAUGUUUUUUUUUAAAAAGCAUACCAUUCCGCACAACCGAUACACGGAUAGUAUUAUGCUGCGAGUCAACGCGUGCAGCCUCUUGCCCUGUUGAGGGGUUUUUAUUUUGUUUGUACUGCAACUUCGUAGCACACACAUACCUACCGAAGAUUAAACACUUAGCAAUUAUUAUUUAUUUAAACGACGUGCCUAAGACCUACUGUGCAUAGUUAUGUGAAAAAUAAAUCCUUUUACUUGUAAGUUUGAACCGAA